AUGGUUCAUUUUUCACCAUUGGGCGCCACUUUUGGUGUUCGUGUCGAUCAAUUAAUGGAAACUUCAAAAGACUAUUUUAAAUAUCAUGAUAAGUUAAACAGAAAGUUACAAAAAUUGAGACACCGUUUUAGUUUAACAACAAAGGAUACCAAGAAAUAUUCAGCUAAAUGUAAAUAUCCAGAAUUCUCAUCUAAAGAUUUUGAAAAAGAUCCAUUGGCUGGUACUCUAGUUUUAUUACAUUCUGAAAGAGACUUGGCAUUAGUGGAAACUCUAAAACUAAGAGCUAGAGAACGUGGCCAUUUAAAGAAAAGUGAAAAGAAAGUAUUAUCUACAAGAUUAAAGAAAAUUCAGAAAACAAAUGAAAAAUUGUUGAACAUGUCCGUUAAUGAAAAAAUUUGGUCAAUUCGUAUUCAAUAUUUAAUUUAUUCGAAAUUAGCUCAUGUAGAAUAUUUACUGUAUGGUAAAUAUUCGAAAACAAAUAAACAGGGCUUAAUUUCUAACCUCCUAGCUUUAUCAUUUGCUGCUCUUUUACAUUUGGAACAAUUGAAUUUGUUAGAUUCUACUUUAGUUGAAUGGAUCAAAUCUAGAUAUGAAUAUACUUUAAAGCAGCAUGCUCAAGGCGUAUUCUCUUCAAUUGAUGUAUUGAAUUUCAUAAAGAAACAAGUUUCAGAGACUAAUAAAGAUGAUGAAUUAGUCCAAUUAUUGCUUAAUAAUGGUUAUGAUACCACUUUACCAUCCAAUGUACAAGAAUCCACUAAAUCUAAAAAUAUCCCAACCGAAAUUAAUUGGAGAGCAUUUACUGCAAAAAUUAGAGAUAUGAGUGUUGCUGAAUCAAUUAAUACAGCCAAAACAUUAAAAGUUAAAAACAUUACUGAUUAUGAUUCAAAGUUAUUAAAAUGGCAACUUGCCCUAGAGAGACAAGAAUCUUAUAUUAACAAUCAUGAUGAAUCAAAUGAUGACAUGGACGUUGAUGAAGAAGAAGAGUUUGAUCAAAUUUUAUUGGCUUAUAUUAAAUAUAACAUUUUAUCCACUUCUAUUUCGCGUGAUAAUUUCUUAUUUAUACAAUUAUUGAAACAAUGGUCCAAUUUAUCUACAAGUUCCACUUCUUUUGCUUCUAAGUUAAAUAAAUUUAAAGAGAUUGAAAGAAUUGUCAAGAACUUAUCUAAAUUUCUACAAGAUAUUAUGGAAUUACCGGGUGUUUAUUCUGAUGACGACUUACUGGCACAAUUAGAUUUAGCAAAGACUUAUUAUCAAUGCUAUCUAAGCUCUGUAUGCUUGGGUCAAUUAUACCAAACUAAGGGUAAAUACUUGGAUUCUUUAGCUCUACAUGUGGAUGCUCAGCAAAAAAUAGAUUCUAAAUUGAAAACAGCGGGAGAUUUUCAAGAAAUAAUUGUAUCAAAGGAUCUACUGUCGCAAAAAAAAUUAGAUAUACUAAGGAACUCUAUCAAGGACUCAUGGAAUAGUAUUAUUGCUUUGGCAGAAUAUGAAAAGAAAAUGAACCAACCUCAUGCUGAUUCAAAAUAUAAACCUUCCAUAAUAGAAUCUGUUUCUGCUAAUAGAGUUAUUAAACCCACUGACAUUAAGCUGGAUAAUCUGUUCCCAGUGAGACCAAAAUUGAAGCCAACUGGUGCAAAGCCUACACUAUUCGAUUUAGCGUUCAAUUAUUUAUCCUAUGAAGAUGAAUCUGCCAAAUGUCACAUUGAAAAAUCUCCUAACCGUUCCAGUACAAGUAGCAUAACUCAAAAUGAAAACCAGGAAUCCUCAGCUAAAGGUGAUGAACCAGCUAAACCACGUAGAUUUUUAGGUCUCUUCGGUCGCUAA